AUGUCGUCCCCGCCGCCGUGUUUUAGGUGUUCCAAAUCACUAUUAUUGCUGCUCUUCUCCCUAGUGAUCUGCCUCUCCUCUCUCCCACUGUCCCCGGCGGCGCCUUCGCCUUCGCCUUCGCCUUCGCCUUCGCCUUCGCCUUCGCCCUCCCCCGCCCCCUUUCCUUCCCUCCACCGCCACAACGUGCCCCACUUCACCUACAUGGGCAGGAUGGCCCCACGCUGGCACAAGCGCACCCUCGAGUACGCCUUUUCUCCCGACCACGGGAUCAACUACCUGGACCCCGCAGAGGUGAGGGUCGUGUUCGCCCGCGCGUUUGCCCGCUGGUCCGCGUACAUCCCCGUGACCUUCACGGAGACGGAGGACUACGAACAAGCGGACGUGAAGAUCGGGUGGUACAGCGGGGACCACGGGGACGGGGCCCCGUUCGACGGGGUGAGCAGUGUGCUGGCCCAUUCGUUCGCCCCCGAGGACGGGCGGCUCCACCUGGACGCGGACGAGAUAUGGACUACUGACUUGCGCAAGGAGCCGCCGUCGGAGUAUGUGGUGGACCUUGAGUCGGUGGCCACGCACGAGAUCGGGCACUUGCUCGGCCUCGGCCACUCGUCGGAUAAGGAUGCCGUCAUGUUCCCUUUCCUGGUGCACGGGACGAGAAAGGUGGAGCUGGGGGAGGAUGACGUGGUGGGGAUCCAGACGUUGUACGGGACGUUGUACGGAGUGAUCCCAUUCGACUGA